CACAUCAUCUUGCAUUUUUUACAUUGCUACAUCUCAUCUCAUCUCCUGCGCUGGCGCAGAAGAAGCUUCUUGUCGUCGUCUUCACCUCGAGACCAUGUUGCACAAUAUAUGGCAUUAUAUUUCUAGUCUAGCGAUUUUCGCACUGCUACUGCGGCAGGGUCUUGCUCGUAUUCCCGCCGACCAAUUCGAGGUCCCUGUUCCCCAGCAGGCGUUAAACCCGGUUCAGGUCGGGGAUGACGCAGAGCCAGUGUGCUGUUUUAAAUCAGGGUUCGAUCACCCUGGCAGCUUCAAUGCUGGGCACAGAUUCAAUGUCCGCACGCCAAAGGACGAUCCCCAGCGGCCCAUCCAGGAGCCGGACUCUUACAAUAAAUCAUUAUUGCCCUUGGCAUUUGAGCCCUUGCCCUUGGGCUCCGUCAAACCACUUGGAUGGCUGGGGCAGCAGAUGCGAUUGAUGGCCGAUGGCCUUCCGGGCCAUAUGCAUGAGUUUUAUCGUCUGAUCAAGGAUGCUCCAUGGUUAGGUGGGCACCAGGAAUACUCUUGGUUGAAUGAGGCAUGGCCUUAUUCCUACAAUGCCCUGGUGCCACUCGCCUAUGUCACCGACGACCCAAGGCUCAAGAGCCAUGUUUUGCGAGUCACAAAUUAUAUCCUCGAUCAUCAGCACGCCGACGGAUGGCUUGGUCCAGAGGAGCAACUCUCGCGCCGCAAUUUCUGGGGUCGAUAUCCUUUAUUUCUCGGACUAAUCCAGCUUAUCGAGGUCGAACCUGAGCUUGCUAAGACUCGCAUUCUUCCUGCUAUGCACCGAUUCAUCGACUUGAUGCACGAAAUGCUCUCCCAUAAUUAUCAAGGUUUUGUAUGGAGGCCAGGUGACGAGUUUGAUGAGCAAUGGGGCAGGUCGAGAGCCGCUGAUAUGGUCUUUGCCUUGCAAUGGCUUUACGAGAAACACCCUGAUGGAAACCAACGCAAGAUUCACCAUUGCAUGGUUCACCUCUACGAAAUGGCAUAUGAUUGGGGUUAUUGGUUUGACGAAAAGAAUUUCCUCAAGGUUGAUCUGGAUCUCUUGCCUGUCCAACUGACCAACUCCUUAUUUCCCUAUGUGCACGGAGUCAAUGCUGGACAAGGGUUGAAAUGGGGCGCCGUGAUGCGUAGAAUCGCUCACGACGAUUCGUUGCUCGACGUUGCCCGGAAUGGAGUGAACUGGACGUUUACUUACCACGGCACACCCUCCGGGGCCAUUGUGGGCGAUGAGCGCGAGGCUGGAUUGAGUCCUGUCAGAGGUACCGAGCUUUGCAGUGUCGUCGAAUCCAUGUUCUCCCUGAACUACCUCUACCAAGCCCUGGGAGAUCGAGAUUUCGCCGAUCGAGUCGAACUGGCUGCGUACAAUGCCUUGCCGGUUAUGUUGAUGCCUGACUGGUGGGCACAUCAGUAUAUUGCACAGACCAACCAGCCAGUCAGCCGUCGCCUGGAACAAUCACCAUUCUGGAACGUUGGCCCAUUUGGCCAAACAUUUGGAACGGAGCCGAAUUUCCCUUGCUGCACCGUCAAUAUGCAAGGUUACUCUAAGUUCGUCCCCGCCAUGUAUCUCAAAGACGGAGACGAGGGUCUGGUUCAUGCUGUCCUCGGGCCAGCUCAGGUGAGCACCACAUUGAAGGGGGAAAACCCGGUCGUCAUUCAAUGUGAAACCAAGUAUCCUUUUAUCAACGUCUUGAACUAUGAGAUCAAGGCGAGGUAUCCAUUCAAGUUCUCGUUUAGAGUGCCAUCAUGGGUAGUGCUCUCGGAGAGCGGAGUAUGGAUCGACGGUGGAGCAAAGCAUCAUCUCAAACCCAACGAGGCGACGGGUCUACACACUAUGGUUGUCCCGGCCGGGCUGACACACAUUGAGGUCAAAUUUGGGGCAGAGAUACGCAUCGAGCCUCGAGCAAAUGACACGGUAGCAGUCUAUCACGGGGCGCUCCUUUACGCUGUGUCGCCGGCGGGCGACUAUUACUACACGAGACCUGGAAGAUAUCCGGAUUCGCAAGCACCUCCAGAGGCGAGAGACUGGGAGAUUGUCCCGUGGUCAUCAUGGAACUUGGCGAUUGAUACAACCACCCUGAAGCUUUUCGAAUAUCCCCCUCGAGACUUGCCCAAUCCAAUCUGGCGCUAUCAGGCACCGCCAGUCAGUAUUUCAGUGCUGGCAUGUGAGAUUGACUGGAAGUUGACAGGUGGCUAUGCCCCAAAUCCCCCAUUGAUGGGCCAGAGGAAUUGCACCAGCAGGGCAUUCCCAAUCGAACUCAGACCAUAUGGAAGCGCGAAGCUGCACAUGGCCGAAUUGCCGACGGUGGACCUUCGUCCUGGUAGCCCCGAUUUGUGGCGGCCAAAAGAUGGAAAUGGAAACGAAAACAAUGCAGAAUGGGAUUACCAACUCGAAUUAUAAUUAUAUAAGAACGAAUGUCGGCAAGAUCUUGAGGGAUUGGCGCGAGAGGCUGUGAGACCUUGAUCUGAUUCAGCUGAUGAUCGAAACUCCUGCGAUGGGUUUUGAGCAUUGGAUUGGCUGGAUGGAUAGAGUCCAUGGCUUGACUAUCUGAUGGCCUAUUUUAGAGUGGUAAAUCCAUGGACUAGUGGCCCCCCCUGUUCCUAUUCGUGAAUCCUUUGACUUGA